AUGGAGUACAUCCUUACAGCCGGACAUUGCAUCAAGACGGGUGAGGGACAAAUGUUUGCAUCCCUCGGAUCCGAGUUCAGCUCAGGCUCAGGAUCCAAGUCAGCCGAGCAGAUUAAGGUGGUCGAAGGAUACCGUCACCCCUUGUACAAUAACGACAAUCACCUUUACGAUAUUGGUUUGUUGAAACUAAAGACCACAUCCACUCAGAAGACAGUUUCUCUGUGUGCUACCGAUGGGUCAGACAAUCGCGUUGGAACGAUGGCAACGGCUCUUGGUUGGGGAUUGACCGAAGAUCGCAAGAGCAGCUUAACGCUCAAAGAAGUCGACGUAAGGAUUAUUUCAAACGCGGAAUGCAACAAGGGAUACAGGAAUCGCAUAACGGAAGGAAUGAUCUGUGCUGGGAACGGAAACGGCAAGGACUCGUGCAGCGGAGACUCUGGAGGCCCACUUCUCGCUAAUGACGUACUUCGGGUGUGUGCACUCGUCUGA